AUGGAGGAUUCCUGUAACAUUGGUACUCCCGAAAUUGCUUCCAAAAGCAAACAGAAACUUCUGAUAGGCCACACGUUGCUCGAUCUGAUGCACGGAAGAUUGGACACCAUGAUUGACAAAAGUCCGACGCAUCUCGCCGCAGACAGUGUUCUUGUGAUCAUUCAAGCUUUGUCAAAUAUGAUCAACAUAGCUCUCCAGGGUGAUCACGCAGCUGCAACUCUCAUGUUGGAACGGCACCGCACAGAUUUUCCAGCAGUGCCUCUCAGAUACACUGCUGAAGCGAUUUCCUAUGAAUACCGCUUUCAAUUCUUGAUCAAACUAAUCAAGUCAAGUCAAAUGCAACUUCGAUUUCAAGGCAUGACACAAAUGUGCAAAGAGCUUGUUGGCUUCUGGAAAAAGCAUUGCGACAGCAAAGCCGAAGACGGGGGCCAUUAUGUCGAACACAUUGCGGAAUACCUGAUCCGGACCGGAUUCAUCGACUACCUACUAGGCGCCAACUGCCAUCCUGAAAUUAUUGUUGAGGGUGCUAAUAUCAUUGGCUUCAUCAUUGUGACGAGAAGGUAUCGAAGGACGCAUAUCGAUAGGUUUUGGGAAGGCAUUACUUCCAGGCAAGACCCCCGUACCGCUGACGCUCUGGCUCGUAUGGUCAUUCAAUUCGCGCACCUUUUUGACGACGACGGGGUUUUGCUUCUCUGUGAGAAGUUCCAAACUCUUCCCAUAGACGCAUUCACGCCCGCCAUCCGAAUGCUCUGGGAGGCUGUCAUGAAGAACAUGGCAGAAAAAUGUUCGAAUGGGCGUCUUCUGUUUGUCCAACCGUACAGUUUAUGUAUGCGUCUAUUGAGGGAUUCGUCUGUUUGCGCAUCCGGAUCGCAAGUCAUGUAUCCUGACAUCCAACAAGCAGCAAUGCAGAAAUUCGUAGAGCUCCUGAGGUGCGGCCCAGAUGAUGAAGGGAAGCAACAGCUCUAUCUUGGUUGUCUUCAAGACCUUGCAAAUAAGUCUGCAACAACCCUGGGGAGCCUUUGGUGUUUGUUCAUCACAUUACAAUCAAGGGACAUGAGUCAAGAAAUGCGCUGGCUAGUAGAACACCAUGACCUGACAAGACUCGUAAUUGAAGAGUUGGAACAUGCUAUUGGCGCUGGCCAGGCGGCAGGGAUUCCGGCGGUUCUCUCGUGCUCUGUCAACCAACCUCGGAGAGAGUUCAUUGCCAACCUUAUCCAGCUUGAGCCACCGUCAAUCACCGAGGACCUAGGUGUCAAACUAUGGGACAUGUUGGUAGGACCAAUGUCCCUUUCACCAGGUGAUAGGCGGGUGGGCUGGGAAAUCUUGAACAGUGUCCAUCGCAAGCACAAAAAUGGUAAUUCUUUCCUCCGAGCUUGUCUGACCUACCAUCUUCCAGCCCUUUCGUCCGAAUACUUCUGUGAGGGCGUGCUUGAGUUUCUAAGAAUUGAGAUUCUCCCACGCCUCAACGACAAUCUCAGCCUUGCUCUCGAUGACCCCGAAGCAGUUGCUACGAGUGGCAUUGAACAAUUGUGGCGCCUCAUUCUUGAGGCCGAAGAUGAGACUCUAGUAGAUAGGGCCAUACGAACUCUCGCAGUUGAUGUCUAUAUCAACAGUCGACUUUUCAACUCUAUCCCAACUCUGAGAGCACAAUCUGUCCAUCUGAAGCUAGCGAGUCGAUGCUUAGAGCAGCUGAAAAGUGCUGCCCAGAAGUUGAGAAAUGCAAGCCAAGGCACGAACAGCGAUGACCAAGUCGUGGCUACCACAAUUACUCUACGGCAGUCACAGCAGCAAGAAAGGAUUUUCACCCGUUCGUUGAAGUUUCUCCGCUAUAUUCUUGAAGCCCACCAGUCGAAGCCAUCCUUGGCCGCACCUGAUCUACGAACACUGAUCCCACAAGCCUCCCACGAGGUCCAAGGAGAUCCUGCGGGCCUGAAGUAUCAGUCCUUCGAUGGGGACCAACAGACUGACAUCAAGCCACUUGUCAUUGGGAGGGCGAACACGGCAGCCUCGCUCCUCGCUAGUUUGCGGCAAGAGACUGGGUUCGAGAACUAUCGGAUAUACUACCGAGGCCGACCAUUUCUGCCGAGUGAGCAGGAUAUAUGUAGGUCCCUAGAAGAUCUAUGCGUGCAUGAUGGCCUUAUACUGGUCAGACGUGAGGAGGGUGGCCCCGCCCUCUCCAAGAGGGUCAGGCCAGGCGCUUCACCACUAGAGAUUGAGAUUUCCGCACACUUUGACGAGAUGUGGGAGUAUUUGAGCAUGGAUGAAGCACUGGCACAAGAGAUUUACUACUUUCUCAUCAAGCUGCCCACAGAUGGCCACUUCAUGAGGUUGAUCAGCAGUGGAACAACGUCAUAUAAAGAUAUCUUUCCCUCAGGGCAGCCGUUCAAAUCUCUUUACGCUGUCCAUGCGUUGGUCGAAUAUACUGAGACCCUCCUCCCUAGCCAACUGAUGGGUUAUCUCAAUGGUGUGACCACUGGCACAGGGUCCGAUCCUGUGAUCCUUCCAGAGGCUCUCAGGACACCAAUAUCCUUCAUCGUACAGGCAAUCUCGGACGAGGACAUAUUCAAUGGUGCUUCGGAAUCGGCAACCUCAGAUGUUCAGUACCGCCGCAGGGGCUCCCCCUUCCUGACCCAAACAGGUUGGUGA